GGUUGAGAGCAAAACGACAUGAAUCACCUUUCGUGGUGCUUCCUCUAAUUCUUCUUCCCCAUGGCCAAACCCAUUGCCAGUUUACCACCAUUAAGGCCAUGACCAAACUCUCAACACCAACUUCACUACCUUCAUAGUUAUCAGACCCUCAUACCAUCCUCUUCAUUCUGAGCUCUCAUGGCGAUGCUUCAGGGACCAGAAACAGGGGAAAAGAGGGCAGUUGUGGCAGUUGGGGUCUGCAAAAGCUCAACAAGCAUGGCGGCGGUUCGAUGGGCCAUGGAGAAUUUGGUGAACCACCAUGAUAGAAUUCUCCUUAUUCAUGUCAUACCUGUCAUAAAGGCCAUACCCACUCCUAAGGGCAAGUACAUCCCCAUCGCACAAAUUCAAGAUGAUGUGGUGGCUAUGUAUAUGCAGGACACAAAAUCAAAAUCUGAUGAAAUUUUCCUGCCAUUCAAGAGAUUAUUCAAACAUACACAGAUGGACACCUUGGUGCUGGAAGAUGACAAUCCUUCGACUGCACUAUUGAGAUAUGUAACUGAUCAUGGCAUCGCAAAUCUGGUUUUGCAGUCAUCCUCUAGAACCUUUCUUAUGAGGAAGUGGACAGGUGAAGAUCUACCUUUUCUUGUUCUGAAAACAGCUCCAAGCAUCUGCAAUAUUUAUGUAGUAUCUCGAAAUAGAGUCAUUUCAAGACUUGCAGAAUCAUCAAAGGAUGAAGAGCUCAUUGACACCAUAUCACACAGUUCACUGCAAACUGUCCAGACAACUACACUCAACAAACAAAGAAAGAAUAGCUGGGGUCUCUGUAGAAGUGCCUCUAAGAUUUUUAAAUCCUACAGGCACUCGAAAGAAAAGAAAACAUGUUUUCCUUGCUCAAGUGAGGCAUCAAUUUUUCAAGACCAUAGGCACCAAAAUUCUAUAGGAAGCAUGUCUGAUAUGAGUAGAGAGUCCAAAGUUGUGUUAGUGGUCCCUGGUAAUGGAGAGUGCCAGGUAGGAAGUUUCAGGACCUGUGAUGGCUCAAAUUGUGGAACUGAAGAAGGUUUGGCGUAUUCUGAGCAUGGUGGUGAGGUAUUUUUAAAUGACACGGCUUUAGGUCUUCAACAACCUGGAGAGUUGGCUGAAAUAGAAAAGUUGAGGAAAGAACUACACAAUACCCAUGCCUUGUACAAUCGAGCAUGUGAGGAUUUGGUCAUUGCCAGGAAGAAGGUGCAAGUCCUCUCUAUUGGGUGCUCUGAGGAGGCAAAGAAGAUUAAGCUUGCGAUGGAAAGAGAAGAAGUUGCAAAAAAAGUUGCUGAAGAAGAAAGAGCUAAGCAUCUUUUGGCCCUUAAGGAAGUUGAGGUGGCUAGGGAACUGCAGGAAAAAGAGGCUAAAGCAAGAGUGAUGGCUGAGUUGAUGGCCGUUAAGGAGUCAUCUGAGAGAGAGAAAAUGGAAGUGGCUCUUUUAUCUAGUGACCUAAGAUAUAGGAGGUACUCCAGAGAUGAAAUAGUGGCAGCUACCGAUUCCUUCUCUGAGGUUCACUUAAUUGGAGAGGGAGGUUACGGGAAGGUAUACAAAUGCUUCCUGGACCAUACACUGGUUGCCAUCAAAGUCCUUCAUCAAGAUGCAUUGGAAAAGAAGGAAGAGUUUUUGAGAGAGGUUGAAGUUCUAAGCCAGAUACAUCACCCACACAUACUAUUACUUCUUGGUGCAUGUCCUGAAAGUGGAUGCUUAGUGUAUGAAUACAUGGCAAAUGGUAGCCUUGAAGAUCGGCUCUUUCGCAGAGGAAACACAUCACCCCUCCCCUGGUAUGUUCGCUUUCGAAUAAUCUUUGAGGUGGCUUCUGGUCUUUUGUUCUUGCACAGCUCUAAGCCAGACACAAUAGUUCACCGAGACCUCAAACCUGGCAACAUCUUACUAGAUAAUAACUAUGUGAGCAAAAUUGGCGAUGUAGGUCUUGCUCAUCUCAUCUCAAAUGCAGUGCCUGAUAGUGUUACAGAGUAUAGAGAUACUAUUCUUGUAGGUACAUUGAGUUAUAUGGAUCCAGAGUACCAUCGCACAGGAACAAUCAGGCCUAAGUCUGAUGUGUAUGCGUUUGGGAUUAUCAUACUUCAGCUUUUGACUGCCAUGCACCCAUUUGGUCUAAUAGAGCUCAUAAGGGAGGCCAUUGACAAACAGUGUUUCAGAGACAUGCUUGAUGAAGCGAUAACCGAUUGGCCUAUGAGAGAAGCAGAGGAGCUUGCCCAGCUGGCUUUGAAGUGUGCCCAACUAAGAUGCAGAGAUAGGCCGGACUUGGAAUUGGAUAUUUUACCAAAGCUUCAGAGAAUCAAAGAAAUGGCGGACACAUAUUUUAAGCUAUGCCAGCAUGAUAAUGGUGCACCAAGCCACUAUCUUUGUCCAAUACUUCAGGAAGUUAUGGAUAAUCCAUAUAUUGCUGCUGAUGGCUUAACAUAUGAGUACAGAGCAAUUAAGGCAUGGCUCGAAAAUAACAAUACCUCUCCUGUGCUCCAGCUUGUGCUUCCUCACUCUCAGAUCAUCCCUAAUUAUUCACUACGCUCUGCAAUUCAAGAGUGGAAGCUUAAAACUUCUAUUGGUGCUUGAUUGUGAAAGCCAACUUAACUCUUACUAUGCAGUAAUAAAGUACAGUGUGGAUCAAAUUUUGCAAAAAAUUGCAAUUCAAAAGAAAAGAUUA